CACAGAUGGGCGGGGCUAAAUGGAGCUGAGCUGUCCAAUGAGAGUCCUCGAAAGGCAUUGUUUCAGCCCUCCUCACCGCCUGUCAUGAAUUUUCUUUCCAGUGCUCUGAAGGACAGUGAAGGUUUCCUAUGCGAUUCUACUGCUGAGCUGCAGCUCAGUCCAACUGCAGGCCACACCCACUCCUCUCCUCCCAAACACGCCUCCUUCCUCAGAGUGACAGAGUGGGUGAAGGACGAGGACACACCCACACUCCCAGCUAACCAAUCAAGGACGGAGAAAAUACAAGACAAUCACACAGCAGUCCGUUCAGACUGUUAUAAACACUUCACUCCACGUUUUAAGACUUCUGUGUUAGACCAGACCACAGUAGCUCCGCCCUCAGGACAGGCGGGGCUAAGUCUCACGGCUGUGAUUGGCUAUAAUGGCAAUGGGCGUAACAAUAUGGUCUGGAAUCCAGACACAGGUUUAUUUGUGUACUCAUGUGGGUGUGUUGUCGUCGUGGAGGAUCUUCACACAGGCUCACAGAAACAGUGGUUCGGACACAACGAGGAGAUCUCAACGCUCGCCAUCACCCAUGAUGCACAGACGGUUGCUUCUGCAUCAGGGGGCGGAGCUUCUCACAGCAGCCUCAUCUGCAUAUGGAACGCUUCAGAUGGCUCCUGUAGAAACCGCCUCUCCUAUCACAAGGGAGCAGUGCAGAGCCUGACUUUUUCCAGGGAUGACAUGUACCUGCUCUCAGUGGGUGAUUUUUCGGAGCCGGUGGUGGCGCUGUGGAGCACACGAUCGUUUGAGCUGCUCUGUACCAUUCAGAUAUCCGUCCCGCUGCAUGAUGCCUCGUUCUGUCCAUUCACUGCCAAUGAGCUGACACUCGUCGGCAGCAGUGCUGUUGUGUUUACUCGAAUACAAACACAGGAUAACAGCACUGAACUUCAGGUGCAGAAAGUAAGCUUACCUGAUACGGUUGGUCAGGCGGAGGUGACAUCACUGUGCUAUAGCACUCGCCGGAUCCUGUACACGGGCACAAACAGCGGCCACGUGUGUGUGUGGGACUGUAACACACAGCGCUGCUUUGUGACCUGGCAAGCAGAUGGAGGAGAGAUAGCACUAGCGCCAUGGAUGCUGCCCAUUCCAGUGUUCUGUGCGAGCUUUGGAACCCAGCCCUCUACCGGUUCUCAAGGAUUCAUCGAGUGA